AUGGCAUCGGAAGGAAAUACCGUCAGCGGCGGCCUGCGCGGCCGCCGUGUGCUGGUGUUUCCUCUCCCGUACCAAGGCCACAUCAACCCAAUGUUCCAGCUCGCCGGCCUCCUCCACGAGCGCGGCCUCGCGGUCACAGUCUUCCACUCCCACUUCAACGCCCCUGACCCGUCCCGCCACCCCGCCUACGACUUCGUCCCAGUUCCCGAUGGCUUGCCGCCGUACAGUCCCGUCUCGGUGAAGGAGACCGUCGAGCACAUCUUGACCAUCAACAGCUCCUGCGAGGCGCCGUUCCGGGAGCGCCUGGCCGCCGUGCUGGAGGCACCUGGCGCCAGGGACGACGUCGCGUGCCUGGUCGCCGACGCGCACCUGCUGACUCUGAUGGACGUGGCGCGGCAGCAAGGCGUGCCGACGCUGGCGCUGCGCACCGGCAGCGCCGCCUGCUUCCGAAACAUCAUGGCGAAUCCGAUGCUCUGCGACAAGGGCUACCUCCCAGCUCAAGAAUCGCAGCUGGACGUGCCGGUGAGGGAGCUGCCGCCGUACCGUGUCCGGGACCUGAUGACCAUCGGCCGAAGCCGUGACGAGCACGACCUAACGUGCAAGCUCUUGUCCCGGGCCGUCGAGGCGGUGAGGGCCUCGUCAGGGUUCAUACUCAACACGUUCGACGCGCUGGAGUCCGACGUGCUGGCGACGACCCGGCAAGACCUCGCCCUGCCCGUGUUCGACAUCGGCCCGCUCCACAUGAUCUCACCGGCGGCGUCCAGCAGCCUCUUGCUUCAAGACCGUGCCUGUCUGGAGUGGCUGGACGUGCAGGCCCCGGCGUCCGUGCUCUACAUCAGCUUCGGCAGCCUCGCGAGCAUGAGCGCCGCCGACCUCGCCGAGACGGCAUGGGGCAUCGCCAACAGUGGCCAGUCGUUCCUAUGGGUUCUACGGUCCGACCUUGUGCGCGGUGUCACGGAGGCCACCCUGCCCGACGGGUUCGACGCCGCGACCCGCCACCGGGGCAUGAUCGUGAGCUGGGCGCCGCAGGAGGAGGUCCUGGCGCACGCCGCCGUCGGCGGGUUCUGGACGCACUGCGGGUGGAACUCGACCCUGGAGGGCGUGUGCGGCGGAGUGCCGAUGCUGUGCCGACCCUACUUCGGCGACCAGAUGGGCAACGCGAGGUACGUCGAGCACGUCUGGCGGGCUGGGUUCGUGCUCGACUGCGAGCUUCAGAGGGGCAAGGUGGAGGAGGCCGUCCGAAGGCUGAUGACGAGCAAGGAGGGAGACGAGAUGAGGGAGCGAGCUCAGGAGCUCAGAAGCAGAGCAGCUCAGGCUACCAACGGCGCUGGCUCUUCUCGUCUCAACAUCGACAAGUUAGUGAAUCACAUUCUGUCGCUGUAGAAAUCAAGUCAGACCCCGGUAGUCCCGUUCCAAGUAACAACCAACAUUUGCAUUUUGCCCCAGUUUAUGUGUGGAUUGGAUCUGCAUCUAUUUCAAGUUGUCGUAGGGAUCGGUCACGUGGAGUAUCUGAAUAAAGAUUGGC